AUGGAUAUUGAGAUCCAAGAGACAGCGACAGAACCCGAACCCUCUGCAACAACACCAACACCUCGACGCCGUGGCCGUCCUCCAAAAAACAAGUCAAAUAACAGCACUCCAAAUGCAAAAUUAAACGUUGUGCCAGUAUUUGCGACUCCUACCAAAGCAGUGGGCUUCAAUCCCCUCACGCCGGGCAGAGCCGCCGAUCGAUCCGCGCGGAGGAAGAGUGCAAGAGCCCUGAUAGAUCGAGUUGUUGGCGAUGGAGGGAGCGACGACGACGACCAAAUCGGAGUCGAUAUCACGCGGCAGAUUUACGAGUCGAGCGAUGCCGAAGACGAAGAUGACGGCGAGGACGAGCUCGAGGAGAGAACGGACGGCGAGGCAGCCGGAUUGGCAGAAGGCGAUGCUGCGACGCCUUCGAAAACGCCAGCCCGACGAAAAGGCAGGGCGAAGAGAGCCAGAUCUCCAACGCCGCCGAGAGAUUUACCUCCCCACGAGCUGUACUUUCUGCACAACAAGCCCGGCCGGCCAAAGACGUCGGAUAAUACGUUGGCGUCUCUCAACUUGCUCUCUCAUGACGAGUACUUCAGCAUCUUGCACGACCACCAGGAUCGCCAUGCCGAGAAUAUCGAGUAUCUCGAGUCUUUGCACGCCGAAUCUUUUCCACAAUGGGCGUUCGAGCUAUCGCAAGGCUUCAGCAUAUGUCUCUUUGGCUUGGGAUCCAAGAGGCCACUGCUGCACAAGUUUGCCACUUACAUCCAUUCCAGCAACAAAACCAGCAAAACAGCCGGCAAGAUCGUCGUGGUCAACGGCUACGCCCACACCACAAACCUCCGCGAAAUCCUCAGUGUCGUCGCCUCCGCCAUCGAUCCCAACCAGAGGGUACCAACCGCCCAGCCCGCCAUCAUGAUACAAAGCAUCGCCUCUCUCCUAUCUGCCUCCAAACUCACUCUCACCAUUAUUGUAAACUCCAUUGACGCCACCCCUCUCCGCAAGCCGGGUUCUCAAGCCAUCCUCGCCCAGCUUGCAGCCCAUCCGCAAAUCAAUCUAAUAUGCUCCGCCGACACGCCCGACUUCACCUUACUAUGGGACAUUGGCGUCCGCUCAGACUUCAACUUUGUUUUCCACGACUGCACCACUUUCUCCCCGUUCAAAGUCGAGCUCGACGUCGUAGAUGACGUGCACGAGCUCCUCGGCCGACAAUCCCAGCGCGUCAAUGGCCGCGAAGGUGUCGCAUUCGUUUUGAAGAGUCUUACAGAAAACGCAAAGAACCUAUUCCGUCUCCUCGUUGGCGAGGUUCUCAUCGCAAUGGAAGACGAAGGCGACGAGGAUGUUGGCCUAGAGUAUAGAAUGGUAUACAACAAGGCCGUUGAGGAAUUCAUUUGCAGUUCCGAGAUGGCUUUCAGGACACUGCUCAAAGAAUUCCACGACCAUCAAAUGUUAACAAGCCGCAAAGACAAUCUUGGAACGGAGCUAUUAAGCCUGCCUUUCAGGAAAGAAGACCUCGAAGCUAUUUUAGAAGAUUUGACUGCAUAA